CGCCGCCCUAUUAGCUAGAGCCUAGCCUGACUGCCGUACUGCACUCCGAUUGAAACGCAAGGGGACCCUCUUCACCUUCGCUUGCUUUGUAUAGCGAAAGCACGCCCCAGUCUAACGCUUGAAAUUAUCGAAAAGCACUGCGUUUGUGAGCUAGCGUUCACACCUUGACAACUUAAACUCGACAUCCUGGACGUAACCUGUGACAGAGAUGCGAUGUAACGAAGACAUGGAAUAAUCUGUACUGUGAAAACGCUGUUGCGUAAUGGGCUGUGCAGCUUCAGCGGCCGCUAGAACGCAAGUAGACCCCAAACCUUUCGAGAAUGCACACGCUGGAACCGCAUCGGAGAAGGAGAAAGCGAAAACAAGACGGUGCCAUGACUCGCAGCAGGCAGAGAAUAUAACUACUACACAAGUUGGGGGAAUCAUAGGCAGAGACAAAUCGCUGGAUACAUCAGAGAAGUUAGGGAAGGCCGUGCCAAUUGCAGAGCUGACCACCGUCCAGACGUUCGACCUUCGAAGCGUCCACUCCAUUGUCGAGCGCCGCAAAUCCAGCCCAGAACACGAGCAGGUUCGAGGCUACGCUUCUUCUCCCCUACCUGCGCCUCUUCCCGGGGCCCCUCGCGACGCCCUUCCGGACCACCCCGCGCACUCUCCUCCCAGACCGCAGCCAUCUCGCCUGUCACCCCGGCAUGGAUCCUCCCUUCCUGUCAACCAUCCCAGCUCCCCUCUCCUCGUCCCUCGGCUAGCCUCUGCGGGCUUCUCCGACGCUUCCCCGCAGCCGCAGCAACCGCCCGCAUCCGCUCUCAGCCUCCGACCCAUAUCGCCUCCCCUCACCCGCACCUCCAUCGGCGAGGCCCACCCGCCCGCCCGCACCCAGGCCAGCAGGGCCCUCCCUGCCGUUGACCCAGAUGGCCCCGCCUCCUCGCCCCUCCUCACCUCCGCGCUACCCCCGGUGGACUACUCCUCUCGCCGCGCCGGCCGCCCUCCCAGCAUGGGGGGCUUCCCAACGGGUGCUUCCCGCGGCUCAGCGGACGGUUCCGCCUUCUUCUUUCCCGCCCGACGCAGCACUCCAGGGGAGGGAGGCCUGCUCGCGUCGGCGGGCAAACGGAGCUCAGCGGAUGGCAAUCUGGGAAGUCUGGGGACCCAGGCUGGCUGGACGACGACGACUACGGAUGCUGCAGGGGCUCCUACUGCGGGACUGUCCGGACAGCAGUACCAGCAGCAGCCCCCGCACUCGCCCUCGCAGCUGCUGCUGAUCCAGCGCGUCACCGGUAGCGGCGGCAGCGCGACGCCCUUGCACCGCGGCAGCAGCCCGGGGUUCGUCAGCAGCGGCGGUGGCGGCGGUGGCGGUGGGAUGAUGCCCAGAAUGGGCUCCCGGGAUGCUGUAGCGGCUGCUGCUGCUGGUAGCGGUGUUGCGGGUGCUGCCGGGGCGCAGCACAGCACACCACUGGCGUCUCUGAGCUGUAGCCGCCCGUUGGAGGAUGAAGACCUGGCGGCGGAGGAGGCGGAGCUGGUGCGGCUGUCGGAGGAGGGACGCGGCGUGGGCAGAGCCCCUACGCUGCUUGGUAGCGGUGGGGGUGGUGGUGGUGGAGGAGGAGGGGCAGCGCGUGGCGGGCGUACGGGCAGCAGUGGUGGUGGUGGUGGUGGCGCAGGUCCGGCGUCUUCGCUGCAUGCGGGUGCAGCCAGCGUGCCGCCCAUGCGGCUGGAGAGCCUGUCCGCAGACGUCCAGCAGCAGAUGGGCUUGGGAAAGGAAGACGCUGGGGCGGCGGGAGGCGGAGGUGGAGGCGGCGGUGGCGGUGGCGUUAGUAUGCAGGCGGGAGGUCAGCUGCUGCUGGGAAAGCCGCUGAUGGCGCACGGCAUGCUGCCGUACAACCGGCGAAGCGCGGACGGCUAUACCGGUACCUCGAUCGCGCUGGGUGCCAAGGGGCUCCCGCCUGUGAAACCCAACGGCCACCGGUCCAUUGGAAUGCGCACCGACGUCAACUUUGGCACGUUGGUGCGCGACGUGGCGACACCUCUGGUGCGGGGCUGGAGGGGCUCCCAACUUGCCGCGCUCCCGACGCACAACGAGGUGCUGGAGGACGUGUCGUACGACAGCAGCAACGGCCCCGCGCCCCUCCGGGCUCCCCGGCGUGCCUCGGCACCCUACGGCGCAGCAUCAGCAACAGCGGGAGCUGCUGCUGCAGGGGGGUGUACACAUGCCGCUGCUGCUGGGGAGGCGGAGGCGGGGUUGCAUGGGCCGCAUGCGCAGGCGGGGUCGCAGCAGCGACCAGUGGUGACGGCAGGGGGCAGCGAUACGGACGCCGGGAGAGCUAGUCGCAGGCCGCCAAAGCGCAACGGCAAGGAGUGGGACGCCAAGGGCGCCCGCUGGCGCCGCGCCAGUGCCUUCGAGUCCUCCGCGCACUGCGCCAUCAGCCUGCGCUUCCUGCGGCGGCUGCUCAGCCAGCACGUGGUGCCGCUGGCGCAGAGGCUCAAACUGCCGCUCAUGCAGGUCACCACUGCCAUGGUGAACGAGCUGGUUGUGAAGCAGCUGACGCGGGAGGAGCAGUGCAGGCUGGUGGACGUGCCGGGGCUGGUGCCGAUGGAGGACGUGGGGCAGCCCGACUACUUCAUCAGCCACGCCUGGUCCAACCCCUUUGCGCACCUGGUUCAGUGCGUGUGCGACCACCUGAGUGCGGCGCUGGACAGCACGCGCGUGUGGAUCGACAUCGCCGCAGUCAACCAACACCCCUCGGAGCAGCAGCAGGACGACCUGGCCAACCUGAGGAACGCAAUCUCAAAAUCCAAGGCCACGCUGAUGUGCCUCGACGUGACGGGCGCCCCUCUGCAGCGCGUGUGGUGCCUGUACGAGUGCGACAACACCAUCACGCUGCACGGACCCGACAGGCUGGUGCUGCUCACUCCCGACUUUAGUGUCAAGGACAUGGCCUCCGUGUUCAAGUCCAUCAACGUGUUGGAGGCGGGGGCGUACAAGCAGUCCGACAAGGACAAGAUCCUGGAUGACAUCAUCUCCCACCACGGCUCCCCCGCCGCCUUCGACACCAAGCUCAAGCUGCUGUUCCUGCUGGAGCCGCUGGACAUGCAGCCGGAGCUGGAGUCCCUGCUGGAGGGCACGGGCGGGGCGCAGGAGUACGACUUCUCGCCGCUGCAGAUGUGGCUCACCUCGCCGCGCUCGCCGCAGGUGUGUGUCGUCAGCGGCCCCGCGGGUAGCGGUAAAUCCACCGUCUCCGCUGCCCUCUGCUGGGACGAGGAGGCGCAACGCAGGCGGCUGAAAGCCAUGGCAGCAGGACACCUGCGGGCCUCCUCCUCCGCCGCAUCCGCAACAACGGCCACACCUGCCACAACCACCGCAACCGCCACGCCAGCAGACCCUACCUCCUCAUCACUCCCAACGCAGCCACAAGCACCUUCUUCCAGCCAAAGUGACCCACGGGUCACCGACCCAGGAUCAACCGCCGCCCAUCUGGGUCGACAGAUCAGCACGCUGGUGGUUAGCGGCGGCGGCGGCGCGUACGGCAGCAACGGUAAUAACGGUACUCCGUUGGUGCAUGCGUACCAUUUUUGCAAGUACAGUGAUGUACGGCGGCAGAGUCCCAUUCGCAUUGUCAAGACGCUGGCGUAUCAGCUGGCGCAGCGGCUGCCUCUGCUCCGGUCGUAUUAUGCGGGUCUUGAUCUGGGUCAGGUUCAGCAGCUGCACCUGGCCUCCACCGCCUUCCGGCUGCUGCUGCUCAAGCCCCUCACCACACUGCUGCCGAGGGACGAACAGGUGGUGCUCCUGAUCGACGCAGUGGACGAGGCCGACACCCCCUCGCAGCUGCCCCUGGACAACCCCGUGCUGCAACUCAUGCUGCACCAGCUCUCCUGCCUGCCCCGCAACGUGCGCCUCAUCACCUCCACCCGCUCCGCGCCCCACCUGCUCGCGCCCCUGCGCCGCAAGUUCAACGGCGCACUGGAGCUCACCCCCUCCAUGGUUCGUAAACACGAAACCACGCUCACGCAGCUCAAGCGCCGGCUGGCGGUGCGGUUCGGAGCCGAGGCGGCGGGGGCGUUGGUGGCGGCGGGCGGCGGGGAGAGUAACCUGGUGUAUUACAGCGUGGUAAUGCUCUUGGAGCCGCCGCUUGGGGGGCAGCAGAAGGAGGGGGGCGAGGAGGAGGAGGGCGGGCAGGCGCCGAGGAGUUUGGGGGAGUGUUAUGGGGCGGUGUUUGGAGCGGCGUGGCCGAGACUGACGGCGGCUCAGAGGGCGGAGGUGAUCAAGGUGUUGCAGGUUCUGAUGGCAGCUCGGGAGCCGCUGCAGCUCUCCAUGCUGGCCGGGCUGGGGCUGGAGCACGUGCUGCAGCUGCUGCCGGGGUGGGGCACCCUGCUGUACGAAAGGGAGUACAAGGUCUAUACCCUGCACAAGUCGCUUCACGACUGGUUGUCCGACCCAGCAGCAGCGGGUGAGUUCCACGCCGACCCGCGGGUCGGUCACGCCACACUGGGUCGCUACCUCUUCAACGCCGCGCUGCCGCUGCCUCAGUACGGCGCCAAGUACCUUGUGAGCCACCUGCUGGCCUCGGGGGAGCAGCUGAGGGAGCUGCUGGACCAGGCGGUGACGGACCUGGACCACCUGGAGGCCGUGUGUCGCGUGGGCUACGUCUUCCGCCUUCACGCCGAGCUCGUCUCCGCACCCGAGCCCAAGAGCCGCGCCGUGGCUGACGUGGCCCGCUGGCUGGGCCUCAACUCCCACGUGCUCUGGGCGCACCCCUCCGCUGUCGUACAGCUGGCCAACCAGGCGCCAAACACCUCGGCAUUCAUGGCGGCACUGCGCCGACCGCGUCGCAGCAGCACCAUCAACACGGAGAUCGUGG